AUGUCCGGUCACACCGUCAUCGCCAAUGGUGUCAGCUACGACUUCCACCUUCUCCCCUCCGGUCUCCUGCACCAGGAGUGCAUAAGUCUCAUCGGAUCCGGCGCCGUCGUCCACGUGCCGACCUUCUUCAAGGAGAUGGCCGACCUCGAAGCCAAGGGCCUCAAGAACAUCCGCGAGCGUCUCCUCGUGUCGGACCGCUGCCACAUCAUCACCGACUGCCAUAUCCAGGUCGACGGGUUGGAGGAGCAGGAGCUGGGCGGUAACAGCAUCGGCACCACCAAGCGCGGCAUCGGCCCAACCUACAGCACCAUGGCCGCCCGCAACGGCAUCACCAUCAGCGAGAUGUUCGACGAGGAGGUCUUUGCGCGCAAGCUUCGCCAGCUCGCCCAGGGUUUCAAGAAGCGCUUCGGCGACCUCCUCGUCUACGAUGUCGAGGAUGAGAUCACCCGCUUCAAGCAGUACAGAGAGGACCUUCGCACUUUUGUUGUCGACGCCGUCCCCAUCAUCGCCGAUGCCCAGAAGAAUGGCAACAAGAUCCUCGUCGAGGGCGCACAGGCUGUCAUGCUCGACCUGAACUUCGGAACGUACCCCUACGUUACAUCAUCUAACACUGGCCUCGGCGGUGUUUUCACUGGUCUUGGCCUCAACCCCAAGAAGAUCAACAACAUCGUCGGUGUCGUCAAGAGCUACACGACCCGCGUCGGCGGCGGUGGCUUCCCCACCGAGCUGCUCAACGAGACGGGCGAGAAGCUCCAGAAGAUCGGCCACGAGAUCGGCGUGUCGACGGGCCGCUCCCGCCGGUGCGGCUGGCUCGACCUGGUCGUGAUCAAGUACUCGACGGACCUGAACCACUACACGGCGCUUAACCUUACCAAGCUCGACAUCCUCGACUCGUUCCCGACCAUCAAGGUGGCGGUUGCGUACAAGAACAAGCACACGGGCGAGCAGUUUGCGUCCUUCCCCGCGGACCUCAAGGCACUCGAGGAUGCCGAGGUGGUCUACGAGGAGUUCGAGGGCUGGAACACGCCCACGACGGGCGCCAAGACGUUCUACGACCUGCCCAAGCAGGCCCGCGCGUACGUCGAGUUCAUCGAGAAGUUUGUCGGCGUCAAGGUCGUCUGGAUCGGCACUGGCCCCAAAAGAGAGGACCUUAUCUUCCGCGGGUACUAG